AUCCUCAUUCUGUUGCAGUCUCUACAUAAUCAAUCCACUGCACAUGCGCAGUGAGGUUUCUGUUGUCUGCUGUGGAGUUAGUGGAAUUUAAAAAAAAGGUGUAGAAAGAAAGGAAAAGAAAAGAAAAGAUGACGGAUUCAAAGUACUUCACGACCACCAAAAAAGGUGAGAUCUUUGAGCUAAAAGCAGAGCUCAACAGUGACAAAAAGGAGAAGAAAAAAGAGGCUGUCAAGAAAGUGAUUGCAAGCAUGACGGUUGGCAAGGAUGUGAGUGCUCUGUUUACAGAUGUUGUGAACUGCAUGCAGACAGACAAUCUGGAACUGAAGAAACUUGUUUAUUUGUAUCUGAUGAAUUAUGCCAAGUCCCAGCCAGACAUGGCUAUUAUCUCUGUCAACACAUUUGUGAAGGAUUGUGAUGACUCCAACCCUUUGAUCCGUGCUCUGGCUGUACGCACUAUGGGAUGCAUCCGCGUGGAUAAGAUCACAGAAUACUUGUGUGAGCCUCUGCGUAAAUGCCUGAAGGAUGAGGAUCCCUAUGUUCGCAAAACUGCUGCAGUCUGUGUGGCCAAGAUGCAUGACAUUAAUGCACAACUGGUGGAAGAUCAGGGCUUCCUUGAUUUGCUGAGAGAUCUUCUCUCAGACUCCAACCCCAUGGUUGUCGCAAAUGCCGUAGCUGCUAUUUCUGAGAUCAUGGAGACAUCCUCCAAUGCGCAGCAGUCACUAGAAAUGAACAUGGGUACAAUUAACAAAUUGCUGACAGCCCUCAAUGAGUGCUCUGAAUGGGGUCAGGUGUUCAUUUUAGAUGCUAUUUCUAACUACAAUCCAAAAGAUGACAAAGAGGCACAAAGCAUCUGUGAACGUGUCACUCCUCGCUUGGCUCAUGCUAAUGCAGCUGUAGUGCUGUCUGCUGUUAAGGUGAUUAUGAAGUUGAUGGAGAUGCUGUCGCCCCAAAGUGAUUAUGUUGGCAUGCUGGUGAAGAAGCUGGCCCCACCCCUUGUUACUUUGCUGUCAGCUGAGCCUGAGAUUCAGUAUGUGGCCCUUCGCAACAUCAACCUCAUUGUGCAGAAACGGCCUGAUAUUCUGAAGGCAGAGAUGAAGGUAUUCUUUGUCAAGUACAACGAUCCAAUCUAUGUCAAGUUGGAGAAGCUGGACAUCAUGAUCCGCCUCACCAACCAAGGCAACAUUGCUCAAGUCUUAGCUGAGCUCAAAGAAUAUGCCACUGAGGUUGAUGUAGACUUUGUGCGCAAAUCUGUGCGUGCCAUUGGUCGCUGUGCUAUCAAAGUAGAGCAGGCAGCGGAACGUUGUGUUAGCACACUGCUGGACCUUAUCCAAACAAAGGUCAACUAUGUUGUACAGGAAGCCAUAGUUGUGAUCAAGGAUAUUUUCCGCAAGUAUCCCAACAAGUAUGAGAGCAUUAUUGCUACUUUGUGUGAAAACCUUGACACACUGGAUGAACCUGAGGCCAGGGCGUCCAUGAUUUGGAUCAUUGGAGAGUAUGCAGAGCGAAUUGAUAAUGCUGAUGAGCUUUUAGAAAGCUUUUUGGAGGGAUUUCAAGAUGAAAACACACAAGUGCAACUGCAGUUGCUAACAGCUAUAGUGAAACUGUUCUUGAAACGACCCACUGACACUCAGGAGCUGGUCCAGCAGGUGCUGUCUCUAGCAACACAGGAUAGUGACAACCCUGAUCUGCGUGACCGAGGUUACAUCUACUGGCGCCUGCUGUCAACUGACCCAGCAGCAGCAAAAGAGGUGGUGCUGGCAGAAAAGCCUCUUAUCUCAGAAGAGACAGACCUGCUAGAACCCACCCUGCUGGAUGAACUUAUCUGUCACAUCUCUAGCCUGGCAUCUGUUUAUCACAAACCUCCAAAUGCCUUUGUGGAGGGCAAGGCAUCUCUUAGGCGUACACUUCCACCUCGCUCACAAUCUGACAAUCUUGGGGGUGAGGCACCUGUCUUGUCAGAGACAGUUCAGGUUACAGCUGCCCCACAGGCCACAGUCAUUCCAGGAGCAGAUUCUCUCAUUGGGGACCUGUUGGACAUGGAUCUGGGAGGACCCACACCCUUCCAGCAACAGCACCUAUACCAGCAGAUGCCACAGUCCACACCCGUACAGAGUGCAGGCAUGGAUCUCCUAGGGGAGGGCCUGGACUCAUUGCUUGGUGGUGGAGGCGCAGGCAUGGAUAGCUUUGGAGGUCUGGGUGAUAUCUUUGGCUCAGCAUCAUCACUGUCCUAUGUUCCCCCAGCUGAGGUGUGGCUUCCAGCAGCAAAAGGCAAGGGUCUUGAAGUGACUGGCACAUUUGCCCGACGCAGUGGACAGAUUGUCAUGGAACUCACAUUUACCAACAGAGCCAUGCAGCCCAUGUCAGGCUUUGCCAUACAGUUCAACAAGAACAGUUUUGGCCUGACACCAGCAGGUACCCUGCAGGUUCAAAGCCCACUGAUCCCCAACUCAAAUGCCAGCACUUCACUGCAACUGAACACAACAGGACAAGUGCAGAAGAUGGAACCUUUGCUCAUGCUUCAGGUGGCUGUGAAGAACAACAUCGAUGUCUUUUACUUCAGCUGCACAGUUCCCAUGCAUGUUUUCUUCACAGAGGAUGGAGAGAUGGACAAGAAAGAAUUCCUAGCCUCUUGGAAAGAGAUCCCAGUCAGCAACGAAGUGCAGUACACUAUACGUGAUGUUCAGCAUAAUGCUGACACUGUAUCGCAAAAAUUGCGCAAUAAUAACAUCUUCACUAUUGCCAAGCGCAAUGUGGAAGGUCAGGACAUGUUGUACCAGUCGCUGAAACUGACCAAUGGCAUCAAGGUUCUGGCAGAGCUCAAAAUACAGCCAUCCAAUCCUAAUUUCACACUUUCCAUGAAGUGUCGGGUCUUGGACAUAUAUGGAGGAGUGCAACAGGCAUAUGACACUGUUUUACACAAUUAGCAACUUGUCGUGGAAUUCUUCAAUAUGGAGAGGCGAUGGUGAUAAUUUUGUAGCAGCAGAAUGUGUUCUGUCAACAUUCACUAGUCUUCAAAGACGGAUAAAUCUGUGAACAAUCCUUAGGUAGAAAGAACACACGACCAUUUCAAAAAACAUUCAUUGCGCUGUAUUUGUAUAAUAAUUAUGUAGCAACUUUGCUGACUCAAUCAUCUGACAUUCACUUUGCCAUUAUGGGGCAGGUGUGGAUCACUUGAGAACUAGAAAAUGUCAUGUCUAACUGUGGUGGUAUUUUUCCUACCCUAAGAUCUUUGCAAGAAUCAUAGCACCUUAAAGGUCGUUCUUGUUGAACUUGAGUUCUAGUGGAACACUGUUCUUGCCUGGUUUACACAAAGCACCAAGACCCAUGAUGUGCCACUUGUUUCAAUAAACCAAUACUGCACGUAGCACAUUUUUCGUUGUUCUGUAAAGGGCAUACUGCUCUACUUUGAGCUUCAGAUAAUGCAUCACAACUUGUAUCUACAGUUACGUUGCAAAAGUAAUACAAUGUUGCAUAUUCUAUGGUAUAUGUAUAGCAUGCUAUGUUUGUGUUUGAUGAGAAAUUGUCGUUUGUAUUAAGCAUUCCAUCGUGAUCAGGCAUGGAGGAGAAGCACUACAAACUGCGGCAUUGAUUGCAUUAAAUACCCUAACUUGUCU